AUGAUGAGGGAGAGCAUGGCAGUCACGGAGGCCAAGGUUCGUGGUGCCGUGGGAGGUCAACAGAUGGCGCGGCGUCGGGAACACUCGAUAGGAGAGGCCUGCGCCCACCCCGCUGAGGCCUGCGCACACCCCGCUGAGGCCUGCGCACACCCCGCUGAGGCCUGCGCACACCCCGCUGAGGCCUGCGCACACCCCGCUGAGGCCUGCGCCCACCCCGCUGAGGCCUGCGCACACCCCGCUGAGGCCUGCGCACACCCCGCUGAGGCCUGCGCACACCCCGCUGAGGCCUGCGCCCACCCCGCUGAGGCCUGCGCCCACCCCGCUGAGGCCUGCGCACACCCCGCUGAGGCCUGCGCCCACCCCGCUGAGGCCUGCGCCCACCCCGCUGAGGCCUGCGCACACCCCGCUGAGGCCUGCGCCCACCCCGCUGAGGCCUGCGCACACCCCGCUGAGGCCUGCGCACACCCCGCUGAGGCCUGCGCACACCCCGCUGAGGCCUGCGCCCACCCCGCUGAGGCCUGCGCCCACCCCGCUGAGGCCUGCGCACACCUGCUGAGGCCUGCGCCCACCCCGCUGAGGCCUGCACACCCCUGCUGA